GCCAAUCUCUCUCUCCUUUGUUUCUCUCUCCAAAAUCCAGAAAAGCCAUUGUUAUUUUGGUCUAAAAUAAUCAGACGCAGGCCUUUUAUAUCAUCACUCGUCUCGUAUAUCAUUUGAUCCAUCUAUUAUCCGUACACACUCUAAGAGACUGCUAGUGUAACUCCCACCGGGCUCUCCCUUAACCCUAUCACAAUAUUCCCUUCUCCAUUCCUACCUCUAAUUCUUUAAAUUGUCUAUUUUCCGUCCAACAUAUUUUUUAUAACUCACCGGCCGAUCUCCAUAUUUUCUUAGGUUUUCCGGAUGGUGGUAUCUUUCCCGUCCAUCAUCGGAACUAUAUUUUAGGGUUUUGGGGUUGAAAUUUAAAGAGGUUUUCUGUUUUUUUGAAGUUUGAUUUGAGUGAAUUAAAUGGAAGAUUACAGUCAUGAAAUGAGUGAAAAUAGUGGACGGAAUUUCACAUAUGUAACGUCAUCAAUUUUAGGACCAAAUAAUUCAUCAUCUACUUCACCAUCUUCUUCAUACGUGGGAAGAACAACAACAACACCAUUUUUUCAUAAUCAGUCUUGUUUUGAACAACAGCCUCCGGUUGUGAAGACCGAAGCCGAUACUCCUCAUCAUCAUCGGCAACAGCAUCAGCAACAACAUGAGCAUUUUUCAAGAUUUCACUACCCUCUACUUGGCGGGCGAGUCGACUCUCCGAUCCCGUGUUCUGUUCAUCCUCAUGACGACCAAGAUCAAGACGGUGUUGGUGGUGGUGAUCAACAUAUUCAUGGGAAUACCACAAGUAGUUGUGAUAAUCAUGAAGUUGAUACUAUUAAAGCCAAGAUCAUUUCUCAUCCUCAAUAUUCUAGCCUCUUGGAAGCUUACCUUGCUUGCCAAAAGGUGGGAGCUCCACCGGAGGUGGCAGCACGGCUUGCAGCGGCACAACAGGAGUUCGAAGCUAGGCAAAGAGCUUCCCUCUUAACUUGUAGAGACCCCUCCAAAGAUCCGGAACUAGACCAAUUUAUGGAAGCAUAUUACGAUAUGCUAGUGAAAUAUAGGGAGGAAUUAACGAGGCCAGUCCAAGAAGCUAUGGAUUUUAUGAAGAGAAUCGAAGCUCAGCUCAAUGUUAUCGGCAAUGGUCGUGUCACUGUCUUUUCUACAGCAGACGAUAAAUCUGAGGGGGUUGGUUCAUCAGAGGAAGAUCAAGAAAAUAGUGGUGGUGAAACAGAACUUUCUGAGAUAGAUCCUCGAGCUGAAGACCGAGAAUUGAAGAAUCACCUUCUGAAGAAAUACAGCGGUUACCUGAGUAGUUUAAAGCAGGAACUCUCUAAGAAGAAGAAGAAAGGUAAGCUUCCCAAAGAGGCUCGUCAAAAACUGCUCAGCUGGUGGGAGUUACACUACAAAUGGCCUUAUCCUUCUGAAUCGGAGAAAGUGGCGUUGGCAGAAGCAACUGGAUUGGACCAAAAACAGAUCAACAACUGGUUUAUAAACCAGAGAAAACGACACUGGAAACCAUCCGAAGACAUGCAGUUCAUGGUGAUGGAUGGCAUUCACCCCCACAAUCCAGCCCUCUACAUGGAUGGCCACUACAUGGGCGAUGGUCCUUACCGGUUCGGAACAUAACAAGCAUGCCUCUUUGGCCUCUCAUCUUAUAUUUUUACACGUAGCUCCUAUGUCCAAUAUAAGCUUUUAUUCAUGCUACAAAAUUACGGAUAGCGAUCAUGGCAUGAUCGACCACGUACAAUAUGCUUGUCCUAGCUAAAUUUCGCAUGAUUUUGUUUUGUUUGUGUAGUAAAUUGGUGCAUUGUGUGUAUCCAACUGUAUAAGAAUUAAGAAACUAGUCCAUGGCAAUUGUAACAACUUAGACAUAUAUUUUGCUAAUUCUUUUUCAAAUGGGACUUUGUAAUAAUGCAACUUGAACUAAAUUAAAUGUCUCAACCAUUUAUAAGCUAGAUAAGUGUGUUUUUUAAA